AUGAGUCUCACCAGCUGCGCCCGGCGAUACUGCGGGUACUCGAUCGAGGCCACCUCUACCGCGACACUUCCCCUCAGCACUCUCUACUGCGAUGCGAUCCACCUGACCGACGACGUGCUUUUCGACGGCAAAUGCACCUCAUCAGUCAAGACGAUCAUCUUGCCAACCCCGAUCUCAUACGAAUUGCCCGCAAGCUACAGCACUGACAUUGCUGGCGCCUAUCAAGCUGGCAGUCUUGCCUUCUAUGAGUCCGUCUUCUCAACGACGCCGACGUGCGAAUACGAUGAGCUAACCAUCUCGACUACCACCUUGCCUGAACUCAGCACUACUGUCACUGCAUUUCCAAGCGUUGUCCAUGGUGAUUCUACUUCAGGUUCUGGGGGAGGGGUCAACCAUGCGCUAAAUACGGACAACUCGACCUCGCAUCGAAACCGCCUACUAGCUGCCCUUCUCACAUCUAUUAUCGGCGCUCUCAUGCUGGCAUUACUCGGUAGUGUCUGGUACACCCGCCGUUGGCGCGCUCGCCGAAGACAGCACCUCACCACCCAUCCCCACCCGCCAUCCCAGCUCGCCAUUCCUUAUAAAAGAUACAAAUCCAAACUCCCUAGCAUCCCUGAAGUCCGUAUUCACGCCCCUCACAAGCCCUUACACCCAUCAGGACUCUCCUCCACUCUCUUCACGAACGAAGAACUUCCAAGAUAUGGGCGAAACCUCCAGGAACUGCCUGGUCACGACAUCGCCGUCGAAGUCGCCACCACACCCCCGAGUCGCGCGUCAUCAAAGAAUCGCAGACUCUUGGACUGGUUGGGCCAGCUGGAAGCGAGGUUCAAGCGUGGGGUAGAGAGUAGUACGUCAAGAAGUACGAGGGGGACAAGUGGGAAGGAUGGACGGUCAUCUGAAGAUGAGUGGGAGGGAGGGGAAAGUAUCGUUAUCAGGUGUUAUGGAGAUUCGUUGGGCAAGAGGAUGCAGGAGGGCGAAAAAGGGUCUUGGUGA